CCGUGUCGAGAGAGACAGAGAGAAAGAGAUCCAUGGCGACUGAGCUGCCCUGUCCGCUUGAUUCAGAAGGGUGGUUGUCAGGCGUCCGGCGCUCUUCCUCCGGCUGCCCCGCCACCUCCUUCUCCUUCGCCUUUUCCCCCGCCAGAGGUCUGCAACAUCUCUCGGUUCCGCCCCAUCGCCGGCCCCAUUUUUCUCCGCCCAGCGUUUCUGUGCGUCGUAUUCGGUUGCAAAAGUCUCUUGCUCUUGAAUCUACGAAGAAAGCAUCAAAUGAUUCGUCAGUUAGUAAAUCUGCUGUUUCAGUGUGUACUCAUUCAAAAUUACAAGUAAAAGGUCAUAGCAUUUCGAGCUUCAAGUACAAAUAAAAGGUAUUUGUAUACAAUUCCAAAGUUUAUAAAAUUCUGUCAUAGAUUCAUUGCUUUUCUUCAGGAGUAAAUUUGUAAACUCAUCAUAGUUUCUGAUUAGUGUACAUUUCUUUGUGAGUGCAAAAGUAUCUGAAAAUAUAGUCAUAGCUUUCUGAAAAUACAUUAUUCCUAGACUUUUUUGUUCAAGCAUUUUUUUCCUAAAUGAUUUCAUAUCUUCCUGAACAUGCUCCCCUUAAUCCUUUUUUCUUUUGACCAUGUGUUGUAAAUGAAUUCAUAAACUUGCAAGUAGUUUCUAUGUUCCUGUCUCCCUAGACUACUUUGGUCUAGUAUUCUUCCUGGUUCUAGUGUUCUUUUUGUGACACAUAAGUACAGUUCCAGAGCUCAACUUUUGGUCCCUGCAGCAAGUAAGUGAGGAUUUGAACUGUGUUAUAUUUUCUUACAGUUUUAGUAAGUUUUUUUUUCAUGAUUAUCCUGCCUAUGAUCUUAGAUUUGGUUUGUAAAUCUGAUGUGUUUCUUCAGCUAUGUAAUGAUCCACACACUGUUGUUUCUUUCAGAUGUACACAUUCACGAGAGAGAUCUAUUUUACUCAUGCUAGAUGUAUGGCGAAUUCAAAAGAAGGGGAUGUUUACCUGUGAAUCCUUUGCUUCUUCAGCCAUGUUCUUCUUCAAGCUUGUGUCCCAGAACAUGGAGGAAACGUCAUCACUUUGUUGCUUUUCUGUCCGGGUUAGAGAAGGAGGGGGUGGACCCGUUAAGUUUCUGUUUGAUAUAUGUGGUUUGUUUGAAUGAGUGAGACAGGAAAAGGUACAUACAGGGGACAAGGUACAGAAGGCAGUUG